AUGAAUAAAUUGGCUUCAUCUUGGUACGGUAUUUGGUUAGUCGUGCUUAGAAGAACUAUUGUAAAUACAUAAUGGGGAGUAAAUUACGUGAAGAAGCCUUUUGUUGAGACGGAAGUGAACUGACAUCAAACCAAACCGCUAUGCGCGUGAGUGGAGCGCGCCUCCGUCGAGCGCGCGCGUGCGUCGCAACUGUCACCAAAGAGCCUCUCAGCGUGCCUAACAGCUGUUGCCUGCCGGCUCGUGGCAUGUUCAGAUGACUUGAGUUGAGCAGCGGAGGGGAAUUAAGUCUGACCACAGCUUCGAUUUGGAGGCUGCUUUUUUUUUGGGGGGGGGGGGGUAGUGAGCGUACGAACGGUGACAUGAGCGGCUUUAUUGGACGGUGAAGGAGAGAAUGAGAAUAGCGGAUUUUGUUUCCACUCGGAGGUAUAGCGCAAAAGAGAACUCACUCCAAAGCCAUGAAGAAGGACAUAGACACGCUGAUAGCAGAGGAACGUGCUGACAUCAUUUCCAAAUAUGACAAGGGCAGGCAAGACGGUGUCAGUAUUGACCCUUGGGAGGAUGCUGACUACAGCAUCUAUAAGGUGAUGGACCGCUUUGGCUUCCUGCAGGAGAAAGAGUUACCGACACCCAGCGUGCUUGAAGAAAAGCAAAAGCUGCAGGAGAUUGAGCGUGUGGAGAAGUGGCUGAAGAUGGUGAAGAACUGGAGCAAGUAUAAGAACAGCGACAAGUUGGUGAAGCGUGUUUAUAAAGGCAUCCCCCUCCAGCUAAGAGGUCAGGCCUGGGCCUUACUUUUGGACAUAGAGAAGGUGAAAAAAGACAACGAGGGAAAAUAUGAGAAAAUGAAGCUGCAGGCUCGCAACUUCUCCACAGAGAUCAAACAGAUUGACUUGGAUGUCAAUAGAACCUUCCGGAACCACAUCAUGUUCAUGGAACGCUUUGGAGUCAUGCAACAGGCACUCUUUCAUGUACUCGCAGCCUACUCUGUCUACAAUACGGAGGUGAGCUACUGUCAGGGGAUGAGUCAGAUCGCUGCUAUCCUGCUCAUGUACCUGAAUGAGGAGGACGCCUUCUGGGCUCUCUCCCAGCUGCUCACCAACAGCAAACAUGCCAUGCAUGGUUUCUUCAUUCCGGGAUUUCCCAAACUGCAGCGUUUCCAGGCCCACCAUGAGCGUAUACUCUCCAAAAUGCUGCCGAAACUGAGGAAGCACAUGGACAAGGAGCAGAUGUCAUGUGGGGUUUACACCACCAAGUGGUUCCUCCAGUGCUUUAUUGACAGAAGCCCCUUCACCCUCACCCUACGCUUAUGGGACAUUUAUAUUCUGGAGGGAGAGAAGAUGCUGACUGCCAUGGCUUACACAACCCUCAAGUUACACAAGAAGCGUUUGCUGAAGUUUCAGAUGGAGGACCUGAGGGAGUUUCUUCAGGAGCAGCUGGCUGCUUCGUUCCUUCUUCCAGAUGACAUAGUGGUGGAACAACUGCAGGCUGCCAUGUCUGAGCUACGCAGCAAAAAAUUGGACCAACCUCCUCCCGCAAAGUCAGAGGAGCUACCAAAGAAGCCCCUCGGUCAAGAGAGGCCGAUUCUCCUACUCCCUCUGCAGCCUGGAUCGCCUCACGAGAUGAAGAGUGAUCAGCAGCCCUUCAGCCAGUCUAAUAAGGAGAGAAUCAGGCCGCAGGACAUCAAGCCUCAGGAUUCAAAAAGCCCCAGCAGGUCGAGCACACCCUCGUUGCGAUUACCUGACCUGACUGCAUUGCCCGCGAAAGCGACAUUAUCUACCUUGGUGCCUUGUAGAGCACCGCCAUUACCUCCCAAACCAGCAAAAUCGUGUGCUGUGGUAAAUAAUGUCAGUGUUGUGAAAGAACUUGUGCCUGAAAAAGCACAAGAAGGGAAAAUGUGUGCCGCCCCAGAUGCCCAGAAGGAGCCAAUGUAUUGGCCCCCACCUUAUGAAGCGCCUCCUCUGGAUGAUCUUAGCAUAAAUACAGAGAUAUUGGAUCUUCCAGAUCUGCCACCUCCACCAUUGUUUUACUCUACAGAAGAGGAGCAAAAAGUCAGUCCACUGGCCCAGCACCGCUCCUCUCCCCGAUCUGUGGCAACUUUAAAGCCAUGUCCAGAUGUGCCCCCCAAGUCGCUGGUAUCUUCGCCCCGCGGCUUCACAACAUCUUCCUCUCUGAAGCUCCCUCCCCUCAAACCCACCAAAUUCCCCGUGUCCCUGUAUGUUCCGGCGUCUUCAGCCAACAGGCGACCUUCCAACACCUCCCAGUAUGAUAAUCUGUCUGAAGCAGAUGACGACGAUCGCUGCCCGGAGAGGUUGCUGGGCUCCACCCCCGAGGAGGUUGCUUUGAACAGAGACUAUGACCCCGCUCACUAUCCGCUGCCUCCACCUCCCAUUUUCAUCCCUCCAUUAGCUUCUCCUCUGCCACCCUUGUGCUGCGCUCUUCCCAGUUUACCUCAGGAACCAGAAUAUGAAGAAGAGGACCACUGGGUGGAGGACUCCAUCGUCAUCCCCCCUCCUCCGCCCAACUUUGCCGACAGACUGUCUCCCCAGCGCUGUCACAGAGCUACCUCGCCCACCGCUUACUCCAAGCCUUUCUCUCGUAGCCCCAGGGACCGUUCUGCCUUCCCUGCACCACUCCUGUACACCAGGUCUCCCCCGGGUCACCCCAGUUUCUCGGGACAGUUGGGGAUGCCGGAGGUUCAAUCCAGCCCAGACUUUUGCAGGAUUCCUCCUGCUCGACAGCAGCUUCCAAAAUCGAUCACCUUUUGAAGUGGAAUUCACAUAUUGACUGAUCAUACCAGUUUAAAGCAUUUGACUUAAAAGGCCAGUAGGUAUUUAGUGGGCCUCCAUGACAAGUCGUUUGAGCUUUUAUCACAAAUUGUACUCGUGCACUGAAGUUUCCAUGUACUACUACACCCUCUGUCCUCACUCGCAAGACAAUUCAGUGAAUUAUAGUACAAUGUCUUCCUUGUGGUGUUUUUCCACCACUGAAUAAUAUUUCUGUGCAUUAGUGAAACAACUGGAGUGCCAUCAGUAGAGCAACCAUUUAAUUAGUAAUAUUUUUCACCACUACUGUCUGACAUAUCUGCACACUUGUAGAACAAAUACAACGCACCAGUAGAAUGUGUUUUAAUAGGAACACACUUUUCAUUCUUGUAUCACAUUACCACACACUAGUAGAUCAACUAUGGCACAAAAGUAGAGUAGUCACGUUACUAGUGAGGCAGAACUGCACAACUUCAUAUCUGCGUGCUUUUAGUUCCACUUGUGAAGCGCUAAAUAUUCACUGAAGAAUGUUAUAUUGUCACUAGUAGCGCAGAGUUGUUAAGCAGUGCACAUGUAGUUGUUCGAUUAGCGUGCCCCAUUCAUUCUACAAGUGUGCAGUAAUGUCACACAGUAGUGGAAAAUAUGUUGUCUUCCUCUUGCAGAGACGGCACACAAGACAAUUCAGCACACAAGUGGGACAUUGAAUAAAUGCUCGAACAACUUGCCAUAGUGGCUCCAAGGGUGUUUGUGUUUUGUUAUCAAUAUGCCCACAUUUCUACGACGGAACCUUUUUUUAGAAGGUCUUUUUUUAAUUUUGUACUUAAAACUGCUGUUUGCCUUACCAUGCAUAUUGCUCGUGCAUUGACGUACCUGCAUUUUGUUCUUGUCAUUGAAAACCAUAUCAACAGGCACGAAGCAGUGAUUACAAAGUUGUUACCAUUUGUUGUUGUUGUAAUUUUAUUUGUUAGCGUGUAAAUUAGUAAUCCCACAUUCUGUAAAAUGAAGUGAAAUGCAAACAUGUCAUGAAGUAGAAAAUGAUCGCUUUUGAACAUCUCCCGCUAGUGGUAGUCUUUUUGUCUGUUACAUUCUGUAUUGCAUGUUCAGGGAUGAUGCUUAUAAAAUGACAUGCCGCAUGGGCAUAGUUAUUUUUCUCUAUGAAGGCAUUUCAGAGACCCUUGUGAGAAUAUGAAGACAUAUAUAUAUAUAUUUUGUGUCUAAGCAUAGUCUGAGGUUAGGUCAUUUUAAAGCUAUGGUAAUGGCCCAUUGCAAAUGUGCUGGAGAUGUGGAAUUUUAGCCUUACUCUUAUUUGAAAGGCAGUCAGAGAUUGAAGUGGAGCCCACUAUUUAUCAGGGUUGAUCCUAAAUCCCACAAUAUAUACUUUACGUUAUUGCUGUAAAUAUUGUAUUGCCUGUUAAAUUAUACAAUACAUGCUGAGUUAUAUAGCGCUUUCACAACAGCGGCAGCUGUAACAACACAUAACAAAAAAAACACGGACAGUCAUGCAGUUCUAAUCACUUUUCCAUCACACGCUGUUGUUUGAAGCGGUUUGAGAUGAAAGAGGAGAGAAUCAAAGUGUCCUUUAACCAGUGGAUCAGAGACGUCAUGCUCAAAAUGUGCACACGUCGGCUACAAGCAAAGUUUCAAAGUCAACAAGAAGCUGUAGCAUCCAUUGACAAAAAAAGAGAUUGGUUCACUUCUCCUGUCCCAUGGAAAUCUAUUUCAAUUCCAAGCGGCGACUCACGGUUCCAAAUACGCAUCGGCGCUCUUCGCCAACGCUCCUCUCUCCUCAUCCUCAACUUCAGCGGCCAUCCAUCCAGCCGCACCAACGCCAACUGUCCAACAGCGCUGACAUAGCCUCUGAACAAAUCGGGGUUGUGAAAAAUGCUUCCCAUUACUGGCGCAAAAAACACCGACAGUCAAUGACGCCGACAUUCCUCCCAAUCAAAAUCUGUGCUGGUACAGGCGUGCUGCCGAGAAGGCGCAACCACGAAGCACAGAUACUGCUCCUUUGACGAAUGUCGUGGCCAAAAAGCGCUGAAAACAGUCCAUAUCAGGUCCACACAAUGAAACAACAAACAACAUGUGACAAAACAAAAGACAAAAACAGCAAAAAAGAACAAAAAAGCAAGGGUCUUGAAGAGCACUUGCCGAAGGCUGCCUACUCGGGCGCCAUCUUGGAAAAAAAAAUUAAUUGAUAUAUCAAAAAAAUAUCUUGAGUGCUAUUUUUUUAUGACCCACAAACUGCACAAAAAUAACUGCCCUUCUUUGGUGCUGCUAAACGGGUUUCUAUAUGUUUUCACUCCUAUGCAGCAUAUUCGACAAUACUGUAUUCUUCAAGACUUGCAAUAUGGAACUUUACAUGGUUGUAUUACAAUCCAUUGUGGUGGAUAGCUGACCAAUGGAGGCUCCAUGUUGUCACUGUCCAGUGAAAAGUGAUGUACUUUAGCUUUGAGUUUUAUUUUCAUUUAAUGACCAAUGAAAAAUUUUAUCCAUA